AUGUCUUCCAACGGCAAGCCCAACCCGCAGCCCCCCGCCGCCGCCGCCGCGGCCACCAACGGCGCGGGCGCGGGCGGGCCGCCCAAGAUGUACCAGCGCCCCAUCUACCGCCCGCAGGGCCCCGCAAAGGGCCGCCGCGGGGGCCGCUCCUCCUGCCGCUUCAGCUGCUGCUGCUGCUUCUUCUGGGCCGUGCUCGUCGUGCUCCUCCUGGCCCUCGUCGCCGCCAUCGCCGGCGGCGGCUUCUACCUCCUCUACCGCCCCCACCGCCCGGCCUUCACCCUCUCCGUGGCGCGCGUCAACAAGCUCAGCCUCUCCAGCUCCGCCACGGCGCCCGCGCUCACCGACUCCAUCGACUUCACGCUCACCGCCAAGAACCCCAACAAGAAGCUCGUCUACCUGUACGACGACUUCACCGUCACCGCCGCCACGGCCGCCAACGCCGUGCCGCUCGGGGAGGCGACCGUGCCGGGGUUCCUGCACGAGGCCAACAACAUCACCGUCAUCAAGGCCACCGUCACCGCGGCCGCGCUCGGGGUCGACCCCACCGCCGCCAGCUCCGACAUCAAGAAGUCGGGCACCUUCGCCAUCACCCUCGACCUGGAGACCAAGGCCGGCGUCAAGGUGGGCGGGCUCAAGACCAAGAAGAUCGGCAUCCAGGUGCACUGCGACGGCAUCAAGGUGGCCGCGCCCGCCGCGGCGCCCGCGCCGGCGAAGAAGAAGGGGGUGAAGCUCACCGUCGCCAAGGCGCCGUCGAAGGCGCCGGCCGCCGUGGAGGCCCCGGAGCCGUCCGCGGCCGUCGACGACGCGACAACCUCGCCCCCGGCGGCGACCACCGUCGCGCGCGUGUGCCAGGUCAGGAUCCGAGUCAAGAUCUGGAAGUGGACCUUCUAG